AUGCAGUCGCUACCCGACGCGCGAUCGCAGAGCUUUGAGGAGCUAUACGGCCCUCCCGAAAACUUCCUGGAGAUUGAGGUUAGGAAUCCCAUGACGCACGGAGUCGGCCGUGGCAUGUACACAACCUACGAAAUUGUAAUGCGCACCAACAUUCCCGCCUUCAAGCUCAAGUCGUCGACAGUCCGCCGCCGAUACAGCGAAUUUGAAGCCUUCCGUGAUAUUCUUGAGCGAGAGUCGGCGCGCGUCACCAUACCACCUCUGCCGGGCAAGGUCCUUACCAACCGCUUCUCGGACGACGUGAUUGAGCAUCGGCGGGAGGGACUCCAACGGUUUCUGCAAAUAGUAGUUGGCCACCCACUAUUGCAGACUGGCAGCAAGGUGCUUGCGGCAUUUGUGCAGGACCCAAACUGGGACAGACAUGCGUGGUAG